CACACACGCACACACAACAGUUCUUUGGCGCCUCCGUCGGAUGAGAGGAUAAAUUCUGUAGCACAGCGCCGUUACAAUUUGCAAUGGCUGCAGCUUUGUCCCGUGCUCUCAAAUUGCCUGGGAAGAAGGGCUCAGAGCUUGGAGAGUAUGACCCCCUCACUCAGGCCGACAGUGAGGACGAGAGCGAGGAGGACGACCUGGUCCUCAACUAUCCCCGCAAUGGCCUGGGGAGGGGCAACUGCAUGGGUACAGGUACCUCAGAGCUGAGAGGGAGCAGAACAGGGAGGCUCGUAGGGGAUGAAGAUGAGGCAGAGGAGGACGAUGAUGAGUGGAGAGAACGGCUCCCAGGAAAAAAGAGGCAGGAGAGAGAGGAGAAGGGCAUGCAGUACUGGAGCCAAAGGGAGACAAACAGGGAUGAGGGAGUAGAGGAUGGAGGGGGGCUUGGGGCCUCUGGUGGCCCUGGAUUGGGUGUCAGUGCUGACCCGGACGGGAAGAAGGCUAAGGUGAGGGGAGCCAUCCGGGCAGCGUUUUUCCUGGUGCCUCUGGUCUGUGCCAUGCUGGUGGUACUGCUGUGUGCCUUUCUGGUGCCUUGUCAGCAUGGGGAACUGGACAAACGGCCACAGUGGGAGAAAGAGCUGGGUGAUCAUGUGGGAGGUGUUACCCCACCUCCUCUUGCACUGUGGGAUGUUGACAAUGACUCAGUUGAGGAUGUGCUAAUAGGAGUCACUCAAAAGAGCAACAAUACCCAUCUCUCCAGUUCUGUGGGGAACAACAAAGAGUACAGUGUGGUGGCCCUAUCUGCAUUCAGUGGUGAUGUGCUUUGGAGGAGGGCCCUCAGGGAACCUGUGGAGUCCAUCCAGUGUGGGCUGCAGUACGAAGCCCACCCAUCACCACUGCCAGCAGGGGGCGCUGCCCUCAGAGCCCUCCCCAACAGCGCCAUUCCCCUAUCUGCCCAGAGAGACAGAGCUAGCGGCCCCGUGUGUCUGCUCAUCGAGUCUGCACACCUCACUGCUGUCAACGGCACCACAGGGAAGAAGCUGUGGUCGGUAGCACCAGGGGAGAUCCAGUCCCAGGCAGUUUCUCUGCCAGAUCUCCAAGGUGACUCUGUUCCUGACUUGCUGAUUGCCACUUUACCUGCUGACCAGGUGUCUGACCUCUCACUGCUCCUGCUGUCUGGGCUGACUGGAGCUAUACUUGGACAUCCCGUGACCUUUAACCUCACGACCUUUAAUGUCUCUGGAAAGCUGAUCGGUCCCCUGUUUCAUGAGACACAGCUGGGGGCAUAUUACAUUCUAUUUGGACUAGGCACUGUAGAGGCUGUAUCCCUGGGAGAUAUUUACACUCGGGCUACUGGAAAAACACCAAUAUCCCCUGGUCUAAGACUGAAGGAACCUGGCUGGGAGAAGCUUAGGAAAACCAACUCCUCCCUCAUACACAUCUCCAGUGGAACUGAGCAAGUGGAGUUCUUGGUCCCCCUAGUGGCUGGCUUGUGUAACAACCACAACAGCCUGGACUCCAUCUCCAACCUCAACUCCAGCCGCAGUGACUGGGUGCUGGUCUGUGGCAAGCUCUCCAGCAAGCUCUCUGUGCUGAGAGAGAAGGACGCACACACCGAGUGGACUCUUACCUCCUCAGCCAUACACAGUCGUCCAGCACCAGGCCAAUUCAACGAUGAUGGAGUCCCAGAUCUCCUCAUACAGAAGUCUGGCGCCCCUAGAAUGAGAAAAGUUCAGGUGGUUGAUGGAGCCAGUGGGCGUAGUCUUUGGGAGACAGAGUUUAUUUGUCCACGCCUUGACCUGGAAGGUACCUCAAUCAUGACAUCUGGUCAAUCAGCUUUCCUUUUCUGGGCCGGUGACCCUGUCAGACCACCAAAGAACCUCACCAAGACAACCGUGGCACCAGGGGCGGUUCAAGCCAUGCCAGUCAUCCGAAAGCUCUUCAUGUUACAUCCUGCAUAUCCCACAAUCCUCCUGGAGCUCGCCAGCACCACAGACACCAUUCUUACUGCUGCAGUGAGUUACCAGGAGCCGCAGAAGGAUGCCUCCUACAUUACUGUGUCCUCCCGGCCUACCUCUGGCCUGGGGCCUGGGUCUCGGGUGGUGAAGAGCAUGAGCCUCAGGGCAGCAAUCACUGCUGGACAGAUUGUGAGGCUGGGAGAGAGCAGCACCGCAGGGGUACCAGUCAGACCUGGAGUAUUUGAGAUAAACAAGUUCUUCAGGCGUCUCACCUUCAAAAACCAUUAGAGAGGAGUUAUCAUUUGCUGGUUCUACAUGAUCCGAGGGAAACCACUGGCGGGACCAAACCUGUGGAAACACCUAGUGAAGGAGAUUUAUCUCAAGCUGUUUACAUUUCCACUUUUGUCCAAAGUACGAUUUGAAUUACUAUUAUUACUCAUCUCACUUGCUGAAAAAUAUUUAUUUUGCUGUAUUUGUAUUAUAUGUGUAUAUAUUAUGA